CUUUGGACAAUUCCUACUAUGGCUCUGUCUGAAGGAGAUAGAUCUUAGUUAUGUAGAAUAGACUGGCUCAAACCUUAAUGGCCCACUGACAAAGAUGAGGGGUGUGUGAGUUUCUGCCUCUCUUUUAGGGGAAAUAUUCUUCCCUUUUAAUAUUUCCUAAAAUAUUUCAUUUUUCUAGGGGAGGGGUGGGUGCUGACUACCUACUCUACCAUUUUCCUAAAGUGAGAAGCCACCUUUUCUGCACUUCUGCAUUUCUUCUGUUCAAAGAUAAAUACUACAUUCCAGUUGCAAUUCAAACUUCUAAUGCUAAACCCACACCUCCUAUCCUGGGCUUCUGUGUAGAUAAAUAUAAUAUCUCAAGAGCUCUGUAUUAUUCAGUUGUAUUUUAAAAAAAACGCAGCACUGCACAGCUGUGUCCCAAAUGAUAUAGCCCUUUUAAAGUCAGAACAAAGGCCACUGAAAGUCAGGGCGUAUCGAACUGCAAUUAUUCUUUCAAGGACUAAUAGCGCCUGCUGGUAUUUGUGCACAAGCAGAAGGAAAGGACAGUGCAAAACAAAAGCAUUAUAAUAUUCACAUACAGAUUUACAAGCCUUCCCACAUUUGCACUUAUGAAAUUAUUAAACUUAUGUUAAACCAUUUAACAUAAAUUAUGCCCUCUACCUAAGGAGAUCAAUUAAAGCUUAAUAUAAAACCAAGAAACAGAGGAUUAAAAAACAGGUAGUCAAAUGUCAGAGUGAUGUUAAAUGAUCUAAUCACAGGUUGUUAAAAUGUUCAUAACCCCAACUAGCUAUUGAAAGAGAACAAGGAAGAGGCAGUCUUAUCUAUCUCAGAAAGGAAGUCAGUGAUUAAGAUGAUCAUAUCAAAGAGACUCUUCUUGAGUGCCCAAGUCUUUUAAGAAACAAUGUUGUGAUACAACUGAGCCUCCAAUGGUAGCAUAAAUUAUGUACGCUUAAAGAGAUGUUCCUUUAAGGGUUGAGGUUUUGUUAAUUAAAAGGAUUGUGCAUUGUACUGUAUUCAACUUGGAUAUGAUUUGACUCUGGCCAGCUCACAGCAUAAAAAACAAAUUGCAAUUUGAAAUUCAGAUAAAAUAAACAAUGGAUAAAAUGGUGAAUCCAGCUAACAGGAACAUAUAUUUAUUCUACAAGGGUCUUUAGUAUUCCUAGCCUAAAAUCUGGAAGAAGAGCCAGGUCUUUAAGGCCCACUGGAAUGCUAUCAUCUGGUUGUCUGGAAGAUCCUUAUUUCAGAGGGCACUAAAGUCUGGUUGGAUGGCACUGUUUGUUCAAACAAAUCUAGAAAAUGCCAAUCUGUCAGAUCAAACUGCCAGGGCUGUAUCACAGGAGACAGGUAGCUCCUCAGUAACCAGGCCCUAUGCCAUAUAGGACUUUAUAAGCCAUAAUCACCACCUUGAGUCAUAAUCAGUGCAGCUCACCAAGCAUGGAUGUCACAUCCCAAUUGUUGUCCAUUCCUCUGUGUUCUGGCUCAGUUGAAGAUUCCAGGUGGUCUUCAAGGGCAACCCCAUUUAGAGUAUACAGUAGUAAUUAAGUUGUGAGGUGUGUAGACUCCUCCUUUGUGGAGUACCAUAGACUAAACUGUCUUUCCCCUCCUACAUGAAACUGCUGGGUGAGAUCAUUUGCCAGUAUGGACUUCAGUAUCAACAGUAUGAUGACGAUACCCAAUUAUAUUUGGAGCCCAAGCAGGCCAAGCGAGGCUGUUGUGGUCCUUUCCUAAUGCCUGGAGGCUCUGCAGGUUUUGAGGAAGAGCAGCCAUCUCUGAUUCAAUCCUAGAAGACUGAGUGGCUAUGGAUGUGCCAUGUAGUUCUGUGGAUAUUCUACUUGUAACCAUGGACAAGGUAACCUUGGAGGAAGGAAGAGAACUACUAUAAAAUGGUAUCGUAAUUCCAAACCCCUGAAGCCAACACAGAAAGAUACUGUAGUUGCUGGAAUGAAAGCUGCUGAGAGUUCAAGGAACACAAAGAUGGGUGCAUCUACUCUUUUUGGCUCACCACAGGUUUUUGUAGCAACUGUUUACAAACCAUGCCUCUCCUCAUCCAGUGCCUCAGCUGAUAAAAGUUUUUAUGCACUUUAAUCUUCUACCUGCACCCUUAAACUUUGGCUGGUACGCUGUGGAGUGGUACCUCAUCCUGUGGGCGCAAACAAGUGCUAGCCAGAGUCUUGUUUUGUCUUAGUAAUGUUCCAGAGGCUGAAUAAUAUGUUCGUGGGAGAACUCAGUGAUUUGCCCAGCCAAGAACCAGAGUUCAGUGAGAAAGAAGAAGAAGAAGAGUGGAUUCUGGUAGACUUUAUCGAUUCCUGUUCAAACUUCUCUACGGUUGAUGAAGACGAGGAGGAGGAGGAAGUGGAUGACAUCUGCAAACCACCUCCUGAUGACCACUCACCCAUCUUCUCUUGUCUGCCUGAUUCCUUGGACUGCUUGGCAGAUGCCAGUGAAUCCUGCUUCAUCCAAUUAGACUCGUGCUCCAUGGAAGAAAGCUGGUUCAUCACUCCCCCUCCAUGUUUUACAGCACGUGGUUUAACCACUCUCAAAGUAGAAACCAGCCCACUGGAAAACCUGCUCAUUGAACAUCCCAGCAUGUCUGUAUAUGCAAUCCAUAAUACCUGUCACAACCUCAACAAGAACAAUUGUGAUGAAAAAGAAGAACAGGAGGAAGAGGAGGAGGAGGAGGAGGAAGUGGAGCCCCAUGAUGAAAGCAAUCAUAGAUCUGAAGUCCAAAACAAAAUGGACCAACACGUCCAAUGCUACAUUGCUGCACUUGCUGCCCACUCAACGUUUCUUGAACAAAGUACCAAGAGUUUUCGUCCUUCCCAGUGGAUAAAAGAGUUCAGCGAAAGACAAUCCCUGAACAGAAAUUCCCUCCGUCGCCAAAAUCUCACCAGGGAUCCCUACACGCGGCAACUCAAGAGCAGCGGAUUUUUUGUUCACCAGCCUUGCCAGCGUCAGUAUAAUUACUGAGAGUGUUUUGCAUUUUUCUCCCCAGAAAUAAUAUUUGUUAACUAUUGUGAGACAAUGAAGGUGAGAACUGUCUUAGGAUGCUCAUGAGUUGUUUUUUACACAAUCACUGGAGUGUUACAAUUCAGUUGAAAACCACUUUGAUUUCAGUGUCACAAAAUGCCUUUUCAAUGUUUUGUUUGUAGCAGGUAAAACAUAUGCAGUAUGUGUAGUAAUGUGUGUGUGAUUGUGCCUCUCUGCCUCCCUAUGUCAGACUUUAUAAAUUUUAUUAGGUAUGGAUGGGUUUGUUUGUUUUUUAUAUUAGUAUUUACAGCCAAGUUAUAAGGCCUCUUUCAGCCAUCUUGUAGUUACAGAAUUUCUCAGGGUCACCCAUACACUUUCAAUGAUCUGUGUAUACGGUAGAUUGUCUUUUAAAAUAUUAACAUGACCAUCAAAAUACAGGUGGCCUGAAUGGCAUUAUAUUCCUAAUAUGGAAUUUAUUUUCUAUGUAGCAGUAGAAGGAAGGCAAAGAGGGAAAAAUGUGUAAUCUAAUAUCUUUCUAUGUAGCUUUCAAAAUCUCUGGUUUAGUAUGGUUUACCAGUUUCCUGUGCAAUGGAGGUAUUUUGUAGAAUGUAAUAGACCUACAAAUGAAGAUCAGUGCAAACCAGGUUUUGAGUAUGUGUUUCAGUCAUCCUAUUGUAUAAUUAACUUAUGGAAAUUGUGGUCCAAUAUAUCUAGUACCCAGUUUGGGAAAGACUACUUUGAAGAAUGGGAGUAAACUUUUCAUAAAAAGCAGUGAUAAGCCAUGUGGGGGAAAAUCCAAAAUCUAUUAUUUUAUAAUAGUUUAAAGACCAUUGAAAUUUAACCCAACAUUUUCUAGAACUCUCAAUCAGGCAAGAAACUACUAAAAUGGAAAAGGGAGGAAGUAAAAAAGUUCCAAAAUUAGGUCAGAUAUCUCAAGUUUCAGACUUACAGUUUGAAGUCCGUCCCUAAAUGACAAUAUAUUGAGUGUAGAUUCACUAUUAUUGGUUUUAUUGGUUUCAGGUUACACCUGAUUUCCAUAGACAAAGGAAAUGGUAUGAAAAUACAAAGAUUAUCCCCAGAUAAAAUGAAACAUUCCUUCUUAUUGUCAACAAAGCUAGAGAGUAAUUUUUCUUGGAUGCAUUGGUCUAAAGUCAAUUAUGCAAAACAAUGCAACAUUACUUAGUGACUAUUUUAUAACAGAACAUUUACCGUAUUUUUCAGAGUAUAAGUCACACCAGAGUACAAGGCACAGCAAGGUUUUGA